UUAGACCGUACCCCGGAAAUUUCAAGUGUAUAGUCUUCUGUCUCUCCACACCUUCUGUCAUGUAACAGUAAGCCCUCCUAUAAAUAUAAAACUCCACAAGCCUAAAUCUCACUACUUCUUCAAAAAAAAAAAAAACCUCUUUUUCAUCUCCUUUCUUCACAGCUUCAAAACUUCACUCUUUCUCUUCUCCUUCCCUUUUGCAUGGCAGUGAGCUUGUUAUCACAUGAGGUAUCCGAUCUCUGUCUGGCCAAGCCGGCGCUGAGGUCUCUUGCCGUCACAGCCACCGUUGCCGACGCCUUGGCCGCCUUGAAAACCUCCGACGAGGCCUUCAUCAGUGUAUGGGACUGCAACCACUCACCGGAGUCCCUCACCGGCGGCGACUUCCAUGAGUGCAGGUGUAUUGGAAAGGUGUCCAUGGUUGAUGUGAUAUGCUAUCUCUGUAAAGAUGAGAACGUCUUGUCCCCUUCUGCUGCCUUGAAAGCACCCCUCUCUAAUAUCUUGUCUAAGAUUCCAGGACUCGUCAUACAUUUGGAACCAUCUUCCAGCUUGUUGGAUGCCAUUGAUUUGAUACUCCAAGGAGCUCAAAACUUAGUUGUACCCAUCAAGAGAAGACUGGGUAGCAACUCCAGAAGAAAACACCAGCCAAAAAGCGGCGUCACGGCCGCCGCGACCACCAUUCACGGCGGCGGUCUGGAAUUUUGCUGGAUAACGCAAGAAGACGUAGUUCGGUUCCUCCUGAGCUCAAUCGGACUCUUCUCCCCAAUCUUGGCCAUUUCCAUCGAAGCUCUCGGAAUCAUCAACCCCGACGUUCUCUCCACCGAUUACCAUGCGCCGGCGAUCUCCUCCAUCGAUCUCAUCUCCCGCUCACUCGCUAAUCAGACCUCCGUGGCAGUCGUCGACGCCGACGGUUUUCUUAUCGGCGAGAUCUCGUCGUUCACGCUCACUUGCUGCGACGAAAGCGUGGCCGCGGCGAUUGCGACGCUUACCUCUGGUGAUCUGAUGGCUUACAUUGACGGCGGAGGUCCACCGGAGGAUCUAGUUAGAGUUGUGAAUCAGAGAUUAGAAGAGAGGACUCUAGAAGGAAUGUUAGAGUAUUUCAAUACAAUUUCGAGUGGAAACCAAUCAACGUUGUCGUUUUCGUCUUCUUCAGACGAAGAAUCGUCUUUAUCUCCGAAGACGACAUUGUCGAGGUCUUCGUCGGCGAGGUUAGGCCGAUCAGCGAGCUACUCGGCGAGGAUGGUGAGGAGAGUGGAGGCGAUCGUUUGCCAUCGGGAGAGCUCGCUGGUUGCGGUGAUGAUUCAGGCUAUAGCUCACCGAGUAAACUACGUGUGGGUGAUCGAAGAUGACUGUAGCUUGAUCGGAAUCGUCACAUUUUCCGAGAUUUUGAAGGUUUUCCGGGAAUAUACAAUGGCAUAGUAAGGAAAGUUUUUGUGAACGAGUCUGAGAUCAGAAUGGGGGUAGACAGAGCUGAGAAAAAUAUUAUUAUUAUUAUUAUUAUUAUAAUAAUAAUAAUUAAAAAAAAAGUAAAAAGAAAGUGGAAAAGUGCUGUGAAUAGGGCCACUUUUUGGUUUCUUUAGAUUACAUUUAUUUUAAUUUUGGGUCUUGAUGUCGUUUGAGGAACUUGAAACUUGGAACUGUGUAUGAUUUGUACGUUUUUUUUUUUUCAAGCAAUUUGAGCAGAGAAUCGGCGGAGGCAGAUUUCUAA